AUGGAUCGCUGCCCUUCUGCGGUUGUCACUUCCCAGAGAAAGGUUUGUCCGCAGUGUCGACAACCUUUGAAGCAGGCUAGACCAGGCCAGUCCGGAGCAGUGGGCGCCCAAAUCAUAGCAGAGCCUGACAUUAUCGCGGCUUGGCAUUUAUCCAGCUCUUGCCCUGCCUCCUGUCAGCAGGCCAGGUACUGGUGUGGCUUCGUCGAAUUUCGCAUGCUGCGGCAAAAUAAGAGGUGCACCUUGCGCAAAGAGAUUGACUUGCCUGAUCCGGACUAUUUCUUUCUCAAUUCUAGAACUGGUUUAGCAAGAUCUUGGCUCCGACGCUGGCGGUACAGAAUGUACCUUCACAGGGCCAGUUUUCAAGGUGAAGGCAUUUUGCUUCGACUGCUGAAUGCUGCUGUUCGAUACCACAUCCGCCAUCAGCUCCGAGAAGGUUGGCUUCGGGAGAUCCUCUGCCGUCGAGCUGCGGAAGCUGGCGUUGACGUGUCCAAGACGCUGCACGAGCAUGUCUUGAACGGCACGGCCGAGAAGCUCAUUGCAGCCAAUUGGAUUUGGUAUGAACCCCUCAUGUUUGCCAGGCGUUUUGCUCAGAUGCAAGCUGCUGGAGACAGACAGGACAUCCUUGCCAUAGACGGGAACUGCAAGCUGCACAGACGCACCUGCGGAAUGCCUUUUGCAGAAGUCGUCCCUUCUCCUCACUUGAACAAGCUGCUGCUUCGAGGCUGCAGCGCCAGACCACAUGGCCGCGACACGCUCUGCUGGAAGCAUGCGCACGACAGGGAUCGUCCCCAACAGCAUCGCGCAGAAACUAUUGCCCGCCAUCGCCUCAAGAAGGCUUUGCAUACUGAUGGUGAUGUGUGCCACUUUGAAGUCCAGCUUGAAGGGUUUCGUGGCUGGCAGCCAGCUUGCACUAUCAAAGAAGAAGUGUUGGCCAAAUAUUUUGCCUCCCAAGCUGACAAGAACAUUCGGAGAAGAAGGCAGUGCAAAGUUGAGGCCCGCGCUCAGAAGUGGACAGGCCUUAGACCACGCAGAGCGAAGACUUUCUUAGCACCAUGGCAUUCUGCCCAGCCUCGAGAGAAAAGCACUUGCGGGACCCACAAAGAGGGUCGCAAAGAUGCCCAUGCUGCCGCACGCACUGCUGGUUUCCUUUUUGCUGUCACCGAGUCCGGCUUGCUCCUGGAUGUCAUGGAGCUUAUUGGAGCAGAAUCAUUGUCGCAACGUUUUCAUUUCGCUGCCCAAUGUGCGCACAGGUUGCCCAGUCUCACAUGCAUUGUUCAUGAUGACAGCUGCCACUUGAAAGCUAUGUGUCUGCGCAACCAAGCUGAUUCUCCUGUGGCAGCUUGGCUGGCCAAUUUUGACUUCAUCAUUGAUGAGUUUCACGCUGCAGGACAUUCUGGUGCAUGGUGCAAGGAGACAUGCCUGCCAAGUCUGCAGCGCAACAAGGAGGUCCUCAAUGGCUUCCCCACUGAAAUCGCUGAAAGCGUGAACUCGCAAUUCAGCCCUUUGGGCCAUUGCUUUCAUCAUUAUGGACCUUGGUUCGCGCAACUCGUCUUGCAAGAGCUGGCAGAUGUCCACAACCUCUCCCGACUGCAGUCGCUGCAGGACAAGAAGCGUGGCUCUGAGAAGAAGCGCAAGCGGGAGGUUGCAGCAAGUGCUGCUGAUAAGUGA